AUGGUGAGCGUGGCGCCUUCGCCGACUUCAGCGGCGGCGGCGCCGCCGCCGCAGCUGAGCCUGGCGGAUCUCAGGGCUCUGUCCGUGCUCGGCCGUGGCGCCAGGGGCGUAGUCUUCCACGUCGUGCCGGCCGCGGCCGCGGUGGCGGCGACGGACGAAGGCGCGGGGUGUGCGGCCGAGGUGGAUCCCAUGGCGCUCAAGGCCAUAUCCCGCGCCGCCGCGAGGCACAAGGGCGCGGGGAUCGCUGGAGGUACGGGCGGCGGCGACGGGCACCGGAGGAUCUGGUUCGAGCGCGACGUGCUACUCGCGCUCCGCCACCCGCUGCUCCCUUCCCUCCGCGGCGUCGUGGCCACCGACAGCGUCGUCGGGUUCGCCAUCGACCGGUGCGCCGGCGGCGACCUGAACGCGCUCCGCCGCCGCCAGGCAGGGAGGGUGUUCCCCGUCGCCGCCAUACGGUUCUACGCGGCGGAGCUGGUGCUCGCCCUCGAGCACCUCCACGGCCUCGGCGUCGUGUACCGCGACCUCAAGCCGGAGAACAUCCUCAUCCAGGACUCCGGCCACAUCAUGCUCGUCGACUUCGACCUCUCCACCACCCUCCCGCCUACGCCGCCUCCCCCGCCGCCUGACACCGCUCCGCCACCCCAAAGUAGUUCGCCUUCCUCCCCUUCCUCACGCGCCCGCAGCAGGCGCAACAGCACGAAGGUCAUGGCCGUCUUCGGAUGCUUCUCGUCACGCCACACGGCCUCACGGGAGCCAUCGUCGUCGUCAUCGUCACAGUCACCGCCGUCCACUUCCAGGGCUGCCUCGUCCUCCUCCUCGUCGACGUACUGCUCGUCGGGCACUCGGACGCCGGCGAAGUCGAACUCGUUCGUGGGGACAGAGGACUACGUGGCGCCGGAGAUCGUGGCCGGGAGCGGGCACGACUACGCCGUCGACUGGUGGGGCCUCGGCGUGGUGCUCUACGAGAUGCUGUACGGGCGCACGCCGUUCCGGGGGCGGAGCCGGCGGGAGACGUUCCACCGCGUCCUCGCCGCGCAGCCGGAGAUGCCCGGCGAGCCGACGCCGCUGCGCGACCUCAUCGCGUGCCUCCUGGAGAAGGACCCCGGGAAGCGCAUCGGCGCGCACGGCGUGAAGCGGCACGCCUUCUUCCGCGGCGUCGACUGGGACGGCAUCCUCGACGUGGCGCGGCCGCCGUUCAUCCCGACGCCCGACGACGUCGCUGGCGCCGUGGCCGAGGAGGCGCUGGACGUGGAGAAGGUGCUGCACGAGGUGUUCGGCUCGAGCGCCGCCGUCGAAACGCCCGCGCCGGAGGCCAUCAGUGACAGAGGGAGAGAUGAAGAUUUCUCCAUAUUUUUCUGAGUUUAACUUAAGACUACUAUG